CAUCUUCCCACAACCUUUACCACCUAUCCACCGUGACUGGCACUGGCAAAUUUCGUUCUCUUCAGGUUUCUCAGCGGGACAAAGGAUUGGCAUUGGAGAACUGACAAACUUAUGUCGCAAUGCUGGUAGCGGUACCGCAGUCCUUCGCCAACGACCUUAUCAUAAGGCGAGUCUUUAGUGUCGUGGGCUACACAAUUCUUGUUUGGGAUUUCAUCCUCACUUUGAGCAGAGAGAUCCAUUACAUAUGGGCCCCAAAAAUGUCGACCGUCAAUCUCGUUUUCCUCGCCAAUAGGUAUGCGAACCUCAUCUGUCAAACAGUGAUUAUCAUGCAAGAGUUGGCUAUCAUACGAGCACCAUCUCAUCAGUUUUGCUCAAACUUCAAGUCGUUCAUGGCCAUCUAUAUAAUAGUAUCGACUGAAUCAAUACACAUCUUGGUGCUCUUGCGGGCGUGGGUUUUCUGGGGAUGCGAACGGCAGAAAGCAGCUAUUCUGGUUACGAUAUAUGGAGUAUACAUUCUUGGCAUAGUCGGGGUCACGGCGUGGUGCAUGAGUGUCCCACGAGGGAGGCCGUGGGCACCUGUGUUUAUACAGUUGCGCCAUACUCGUGGUCUUUCUGGGUCAUAA